AUGUCAUUUACGACGUACCAGAAUCUGCUCAUACAGCCAAGCCUCGAUGAAUUUCUACCACUUCCAUAUCACCGCCGGCGCCGGCCUCUUCUCAACGAGAAUGUCGCGCUUGCUCACUCGGCCCGCGACCAGCCCGACCUCUUUCCUCGUGUUCGGCCCAGAUCAGCUCAACUUAAUCACAAGAUUGCCGACUACGACCAGAAUAAUAUCAGCCUUCGAAGGGAUCCUUCCCUGCGCCUAACCUCAUCAGGCAGCCUCACUGAUUUUCGUGCUUUUAGAAGGGGUCGUGAGCCCGAUGACAAGCUGCUGGACCGAUUCUUGAGCUGGGUACAUAUAUCCGAAAGCGCGUGUCACCCAAGCCGACGGCCUGCUCUCGGAGGACAAUGUCUGUCGACCCUGAUCUCGCCCAGCGCCCGCUCGCUGCCGCUCUCGGAGGGGGAGUUUCUCUGGUUCGAAGAAGAGGAUGGUAUCGAGGAAUAG